AUAAUCGUCAGUAGAUAGUAAGGCAUCUAUAAACAGGAAUUACGAAACUAUCUAUAUUUCAUAUGAAGUCAUGUGAAUAUCGCUUUUUAUUUAUAAAAAAAAAAAAAAAAAAAUAAUAAUAACAAGAUGGCAGAGAGUGAAAAACAAGCUGCCGAGAAACAAGAAGAAAAAGAAGAACAUAUUUCUAAAUCUGAAUACAAUAAGAACGAUAAUAUUUUCAUUUCUAGCAAUGAAGAACAAAUUGACUAUGUAAUUUACACGCAUCCUAUAGUGAGUAAAAAAAAAGGUUACAUUGAUUUGACAAAUUAUAUACGAAAUUAUCGAGAUAUGGAAGCUCGUGCUAAUGUCCAACGAAGUAAACGUCAGUUUAUGCAAAAAUCGAAGGGCUUUACAAAUAUAGAGGACGAUUCAGGAAAACGAGAAAAUGGUAAAAAUGUUUCGUCAACGUUUACGGACGAAACUGAUGCUGAAAAAUAUACGAAGGAAUCUAAGAAAACGAUCGGAAAAAUAACGGAGAUACAUGAGAGCGAUAAAAUUGACAGUUCGAAUGCAACACAUAAGGAUGGAGACGUUUCGAUGGAAAAUAUCCCUGUUGGAGAUGACAUGGAAAAUGUUUCGGAACAGACCAACAUACUGCCAGAGGAAGCAUACAUCCAACAUAUGGAACGUGUCAUCGCAUCAAAGACUCUUCCAUCACGAAAAAUGGAAAUUCUCGAAAAUUUAUACGCCAAUUAUAACUCAGAUAAGAAGAAGAAGAAUAAAACGUCUACGAUAGAGAAAAUUCAUAUUGAAACUGACGUUAGUACUUUGAAACCUAGUGAAAGUAAAAUUGUUACUCAAGAACAAAUGGAACAAGUAUCGACAAGUGAAAAGGGGAAAGCUAUUCUUAUUUCCAGUUCCAAGGACAUUGAUAAUGUUCAUCAAUCGAAAAUGCAGGACAUAAUAACUGAGAACCAUAUUUCAACUGAGUCAUCAAUUUCUAUUGUUGAGAAUGACAAUAGAAAAUUGGAAUCGUUGAAAAGUGAUUCGUUAGGGAAAAAAGGUGAAAUUUUAACGAGCACACCGAACACCACGAGUGUUGUCGACAAAAUCAAUGCUACUACUUCUAAUCUCGAUAAUACAAAGAAUAAUGAUGAUUCAUAUGAACAAACUUUUAUAACUAUAGACAAUCCUUUUUCUGAUUUUACCCUACAAACGAACAAACUUGAUACAAAUGUAGAAAAUAGUUUAAUCGCAGAACGAUAUAACUUUACAGAUAUUAGUGAAAAUUCAGCAAGUAAUUUAAUAUCAUACAACAGUGAAAAUGUAACACUGAAAGAAUCUAAAAUCAUAGAUUUUUCUGAACAAAAUGAUACCACAACAACCGAUAUGACAAAUCUUUUACAAUGCACUUGCACUGAUCUAAGAACAGAUACAACGAAUAAUGAACAUGAUGAUAAUAACAACAACAACAAUAACAACAACAACAACAACAAUGAUAAUGUAUCGAUAAUUGAACGAAUCCGCAGAUAUUUUUUAUCUUUAUUGAUAGAUUACUUGCUAUCUUCGCAAAUACCGAAGAUUAAGAAUCAAAUUUGCCUUUAUCAUUGAUAUAUCAAUUCAAUCUCAACAUGAAAUAACUUUUUUUUAUCAGAAUUUGAAGAUUGACAAAAGGAAAGAAAAAAAAAAUGAUAUUAUCACGAAUGUCUGUUUUAUCGAAAAAAAUUGUUAAUUACAAGUCCAAAAUGAAAGGGAAAGGCCCCGGGGGGAUUCGAACCCCCGAUCUCCUGUUUACUAGACAGGCGCUUUAACCAACUAAGCCACGGCGCCUUCGAUGGACGCUAGUUCUGAACUAUUCAAUUUAU